AUGGCGUAUGACUACUAUGCAUCGGGUGCAGAGGACCAAUGGACUCUGGCUGAGAAUCGCAAUGCUUUCUCAAGAAUUCUGUUUAGGCCUCGGAUUCUUAUUGAUGUCAGCAAGAUUGACAUGAGCACCACUGUCUUGGGCUUCAAGAUUUCGAUGCCUAUCAUGAUCGCCCCAACGGCCAUGCAGAAAAUGGCUCACCCUGAUGGAGAGUAUGCGACAGCUAGAGCUGCCUCAGCAGCUGGAACAAUUAUGACAUUGUCAUCAUGGGCUACUUCUAGUGUCGAAGAAGUCGCAUCAACAGGACCUGGCAUUCGGUUUUUCCAGCUUUACGUCUACAAGGACCGAAAUGUUGUGGCUCAACUAGUGAGGAGAGCCGAAAGGGCGGGUUUCAAGGCCAUAGCACUCACAGUUGAUACACCAAGGUUGGGUCGCAGAGAAGCUGAUAUCAAGAACAGAUUUGUUUUGCCACCAUUUUUGACGUUGAAGAAUUUUGAGGGUUUGGAUCUUGGGAAGAUGGAUGAGGCUAAUGACUCUGGAUUAGCUUCAUAUGUUGCUGGUCAAAUCGAUCGUACUCUGAGUUGGAAGGAUGUGAAGUGGCUCCAGUCGAUUACUUCAAUGCCGAUCCUGGUAAAGGGUGUAAUCACUGCAGAGGAUACAAGGAUUGCUAUUCAGAAUGGAGCAGCCGGUAUUAUUGUAUCCAAUCAUGGUGCUCGCCAGCUUGAUUACGUCCCUUCCACUAUCAUGGCUUUGGAAGAGGUUGUGAAAGCUGCACAAGGCCGAGUUCCAGUAUUCUUGGACGGAGGUGUCCGACGUGGAACAGAUGUUUUCAAGGCAUUGGCACUAGGAGCCUCUGGUAUCUUUAUUGGUCGACCUGUGGUCUUCUCAUUGGCUGCUGAUGGAGAAGCCGGCGUGAGAAAAGUACUCCAGAUGUUGCGUGAUGAGUUUGAGCUGACAAUGGCAUUGAGUGGUUGCCGUAGUAUAAAAGAGAUAACCCGUGACCACAUUCAGACCGAGUGGGACGCUCCUCGCGCUCUUCCAGCUCCCAGAUUAUAG